AUGUGGGAGUGGUUGCUCCAGCGCGGUCCCGAGUACCUGGCCCAGGGGAUCGUCAACUACGCGGCGCGCUGCCCAGCGAUUCCCGCCUGCCCAGCCUCGGGUUGCCCGCCUUGCCCGAGGCUGGUGUGCGGGGACUGCGCAGGGUGGGGGGUGCUGGCGUACCUGAUUUUCUCGUUCGGCGUCGUGGUCGGCGCCCUUGUGGUGUCCAGCGGCUGUGGCUGCGUGGGUGUGCUAAGGCGCAUCGGGCGAGCCGCCGUCAAGAAGACUGACAGCGAGGAUGAGUUGGAGUUACGUCCUGACUGGUCAUCGACGUCCACGGACGUGCUGGCGGUGCGGUGGAGCCAGGGGUACCGCGACGUGCCGGCGGGUGUACCGCGCGACCGGGUGUACCGGUUCAGGCGGGAGCCGUCGGCCGCGCGGGACGCCGAGUUCCAGCAGGCCGCCGAGGCGGAGGCCGAGACGGAGGGCCGCUUCCUCGCGGCGGCGCAGGGCGUGGCGCCUCCGCACGCGGGCUUCGCGUGGCUACUGCCGAUCGACGGAGUGGGCCAGGUCGUCGGAGCCGACGCAGGGGCGCUGGUGCCACAGCUGCUGCUCCUGCUGUCCCUGCGGCGGUGCCGGGGGCCCUUGCAAGGGGUCGCGCCCGUGGGGGCCCAGCCCUGCGUCGUGACGCUGUGGCGCGCGGCCGAGAGCGGGGGCGGCUUCCGCUUCGGGGACCCCGUCCCGGGCCACGUGCGGACCGCACGGGCGCUCGGGACCAAGGACUUGCACGUGCUGGCCGACGGGACGGCGCUCUUCGUGGAGGAGGUCUCGCCGGCCAAUGAGACGAGUUUCUUCGACACGGGGGUCUCAGGCGACGCCCGCAUCAUGGCCGUGCGCCGCAACCGCCAGGGCAGGCGCGAGCGGACGUGGGCCGAGAUGGUGGCUGAUGUGGCGCGCGAAGAUUUCACUAACGAUUGGGACCUGCCGGGGCCGCGCUCCACGCUGUGGUGUCUCGAGUUCGUGAACCAGGAGGGGCUCGGGCUGGACGGGCACCACGAGCGUCUCAGGAGCACGCGCAAGCUCGAGAGCUCGAGCUGGGGCGCGUCGGAGCAUUACUGUGUCACGCAGGCCUUGAAGCUCGGGCUCUUGAAAGACCAAGUCAACGGGAGCAACCUCAUGAUGGUCGAUAGCCUCUUCCGCCGCCUCCAGACGAUAGAGUUCGCUCACUCCGAGAGGGCUCGCGAGCAGGAGGCCAAAGGGCACGGCGGCAAGCUGGGCCUCGAGGAGCAGAUGGCCUGCGCGGGCUCUUCCCGCGCGGGUGGGUCCCUGAUGAUCUGCCCACUGUUGCUAGACGACGCGAGGGGAGAAGUCGAGCGGGAGGCGCCCUUGGCCCAGAACCCUCGGAAGGCGAGAGAUGAGCGCGAGGGGGUCACUCCCGCGGAAGCCCUGAGGAAGCUUCGCGUGGCGGGCCGGUACGACGUGGACGGUGCCGCGCUCGGUUGCGCGAAGAUCGGGGUUCGGGCUGUGGCUGCGCAUGAGAAGAUUUACCCCGGGCUCGCUGUCAUUCCCAUGGGAUGGUCUUGGGCUCUUUGGUUUUGCCAGAAGAUACACGAGGGGAUUGUUGAGGCUGCUGGCUCGGGCCCCAAGUAUUGGAUCACCGACAAGACGUGCGCCCCCGACCUCAGCAAACCAUUUCACACGCAGUAUGUGGACAACUGCAUAUCUCGCCCCGUCUAUGGCGUGAUCGGCCUGAUAUUCGCGCUCUUCUCGCUCGUGGUCGGGCAGAAGGUUGGGCGUGCAUCCGAGAGGUGGCGCUGGGGUCGGGGCGGCGCCCUCGGGGGCCCUCGUCGCCACGCUGGGCGCUGGGCUCGGAACGCGGCGACGGCGGCGGCCCUCGACGGGUCCACGGAGAGCGCUGCCCCUUGGAUGUACGGCCCCGACGACACUCAGGAUCCGGUUCUUGAUCACGCUGCUUCCGGUCUUCCGGAGGCCCCUGGCCACGCCCCCGGCGAUGUCUACGGGUUCGGGAGGUUAGCUCGUGAAGGUGAGUUUCCUGAAGUUCCAGGGGGGAUGAUCGAGCAGGACUGGAAGGUGGUGGGGAGGUCCGAGUGGCGUAAGAAAGGCGAGAGCAUCCCAGUCCUGGAGGCUCGCGCGACCCUCUACGGCUAUAGGCACCUCCUCCGCAAUUGCCAUCACCACGGCAAGCGUCUAGUUGUCCUCGGGGAUUCUAUGAGCGUGGCCGGUGCUGUCUCUAAGCGCCGCAGUGGAAGUCGGGCCAUGAUGAACGUCACCCAGAGCAUCGCCGCCCUCUCCCUGGCGACGGGCCCCUCUCUCCACUACCGCUGGCCCCCCUCGGAGUGGACCGCAGCCGACGGGCCCUCAAGGGGGCGUUGGCACCCCGCGGCCCCCACCGCUCUGGCCGCGCGGGAUGCUCGCACGCGCGGCGCCGGCCCCGGGCACCGCGGCCUCGCCCAGCCUGGCGCCGUGGACAGGGCCCCUGCCCAGGACUCCCCAGGCGGAGUUGAGGGGGCCCCGAGCACCAGCUCCGCGCCCUGGCGAUGGGAUGGCAGGGGCCUCGAGCCGGCCUACGUCAUCGGGGCACAGUCGCGCGGCCGCGCUGCGGCAGCAACACCGCGCGCUUCGGCGCCCGGCCGCUUCGCGGGCCCCUCUGGCCUCGAGCGGGCCGCUGCGCCGCAAGCUGUUCGGGCGCCGGGCACGACGGCGCUCGACGCGGCGCCCAUCCAGCCCCGGACCCGCAACCGCUACCAGGAGAUCUUCCGCGACUUCCUGGCGCGGUCGAACGGGCGGCCCCUGACGUCAGAGGACCUGGUGGACGAGGCGAUCGCGGAGUGGCUCGACGAGCUGUACCUCGACGGCGAGGACUUGAGUGCGGGCUCGUGGGCCUACGCGGCGGUGACGUUCUUCACGGGCCUGAACAAGGCGUCGGGCGCGCUGAUGCCGCGAUCCCGCCGUGCUCUACGAGGCUUCCGCAGCUUGGCGCCACCGCGAUCUCGAUUGCCCAUGCCUUGCAUGGUGGUGGCGAUGGUGGUGAUGGAGCUGAUCGCCCGGCGCCGCGUCGAGAGCGCCCUCGCGGUGCUCCUCGUCUUCGAGCUGUACCUGCGGCCCGGGGAGGCGUUCCACAUCAGGGCCGCGGACCUUGUGCCCCCAGUCUCGGACGUCAGCGGGGCCUCCCACUGGUGCGUGACGCUCCAUGCUGCCGAGACCGAGCGAGAGUCGAAGACGGGCGAGUUCGACGAGAGCCUCUCGUUGGACCUCGGCCGCCAGUCCUGCCUGGGGCCCGCGCUCAACCAAUUGGCGAGCCAGCGCCUCGGGGCCAACUGGCGGGCCGCGCAGCAGAGGCGCGCUGGAACUGGCCACCACCUUGCUGCCCCGCUGUUCACCGGGACGCUGGCCGACGUGACGAAGGACUUCAAGACCGUCGUGGAGGCGCUGGGGGUCCACACGGCCCUGGGCGCCGCCCACAUGUACAUGCUGCGACACGGCGGCGCCUCGCGCGACUGCGCCUCGGGUUACCGCCGCCUGGAGGACGUGCGCGGGCGUUCGCAGCCCUCAGUGAGACGCUGCGAGAAGGGCAGCAGGCUCGCGCAGGUCGUCCUCAAGCUCACACCCGCCCUGCAGGCCCACGGAAAGCUCUGCACGGAGCUGCUGAGCGAACGCGUCUUCGUCGAGGUCUUCUCGGGGAGCGGGCACCUCUCGGAAGCGAUCUCGGGCGUAGGGGUGGCGGCUUUGCUCUGGGACAUCAGCCUGGGCGAGAACUACGACCGUAGCGACUCGGGGCCGAUGGGCCUCGGAGGGCUCUCCCAGGCCGACCAGGAGAAGCUCGCGAACGCGAGAUGUGUCGGCGGCAGCAAGCGGGGCAUAUGCAGUCGCACGGGCCGUGGUCAUCAGCAGCUUCAGGGCAAGGAUCCCGCCGGACAUUUCUACGCGAAGUUAGCUGAGCCAUACCCAAAGCGGCUGUGCAAAGCGCUGGCCACUGCGUACUACAACUCAUGGGCCAAAGCGGCCGCUUCCAUCGUGCUCGGACUCGCGGAGGCUCGGCUUCAUAUACAUCCUGGUGUCUGGCUGAAGUAA